UGCCACCAUGAUGUGGAGAUGGGUUCAUUUAAGUGCUCUUCUUCUUGGAGCACUCGCAUCCCCAACUCCAUCCUCCCAACGCACCACGAACACUGACGGAGAAUCCUGUCGCAUCUACAGAUCCGGCCGCUCGGCAGACUGUCUGGGAAGACAGUACGAAAAUAUCCCGUGGAGACAAUUUCCAUCCACACUGGAAGAGAUAGAUCUCUCUUACAAUAAACUUCAAGCUGUCCGUGUUGAUGACUUCCUCCGCCUCCCUCAGCUUCACACCCUAGAGCUGCAGUACAAUAACAUUUCACACAUUGACAAAGAUGCCUUUAAAAACAACAUGCUGCUGGAGCAUCUUAACAUCUUCAAUAACUCCCUGGAGGAAAUUCCUGCCGCAGCUUUGUCUACUCUGUUGAAUCUGAAAAAGCUCUACAUGUCCAAUAACUUUUACAAAAGUGCGACGUUGGCUCAUAGCUUUUCCAAAUUUGUCAAACUGAAAGUUCUGUCUCUGGGUGGCCCUCUGGUGAUGGGUCUAAAGAAAGCUGAUUUUCAGCCCCUGAAGAACAUUACGUUACAGGAGUUUGCAAUUAAAUGUUCAUCCCAUCUAAGUUACUACGAGCCUGGAAGUUUAGAAGUCAUCCAGACAAGAGAUAUGGGCUUUGAUAUGGCCAUAGAUCAACUGCCACGUGCUCUUCCCUACAUGCUACAGGACAUUGCCAACAAGACCUUCAGGGCCAUCCAAUUCCGAAACAUCUUUGAGUUCAUGUACUACAUGGGAGAUGAGGACAUUUUCAAGGGUUUAAAAGACAUCACAGCCCAACAGCUCGUCUUUCACAGAGGCAAAUUCAAUGAGAACCUCCUCAGUAUGGCUUUGAUGAACUUACAAGACGCCCCCAUCAAAAGGUUGAGACUUCAGUACAUCGACUUUGCCCGCUCACCCACGUUUGUUGAUAGCGGAGCUGGUUCCAGCAUCAACGACCUGGCACUGGAUAAGUUGGAUCUUUGGUGA